ACCGACGAAAGAAGUCCAAUCUGAGAAGCCACUUGGAACAUAUCUAUAGUUUAGCUCUUGCAUCUUGGCACCAACAGUAGAAUAUAUAUAUAUAUAUGUACACCUAAAUAUACAGUUUUACUCAGAGAGAGAGAGAGAUGAGAAUGGAAGAUAGCGAAGACGAGGAGGAGCGCGACCGCAUGUUCCGGAAGCGGCUCAAGUGCGGCGACGAUGCCGAUUAUAUGGAGCAGGACGGCGGAGCCGAUGUAUUUCCACAUGCGGCGGCUGACCCCUUGUUCUACUCACCGGAGCUGGCACCGACGUCGAUCGUUGUGUCGGAUGUGAUGGAGCCGGACUUCCCGGUCAUAUAUGUCAACACAGUCUUCGAGUUCUCCACUGGAUUUCGCGCCGACGAAGUCCUUGGUCGCAACUGCCGCUUCCUGCAAUUUAGAGAUCCACGCGCCAAGAGACGACACCCUUUGGUUGAUCCAGUGGUUGUGUCGGAGAUGAGAAGAUGUCUUGAGGAAGGUGUUGAAUUUCAUGGAGAGCUACUUAACUUCAGGAAAGACGGUACUCCUUUAAUCAACAGCCUAAGACUCAUGCCAAUUCAUAGUGAUGAUGGUGUGGUCACACACGUUAUAGGAAUUCAGAUAUUUACUGAAGCAAAGCUAGACUUAAAUAAUGUAUCAUAUCCUGUAUUCAAAGAAACAUAUCAGCAACAAAGCGACAAGUUAGUCGAACCCUUUCAAGUGGGUGGAGGUAUACUACACAGCCAACAACAGGAAGUAUGUGUGCUUCUGCAGCUGUCUGAUGAAGUUAUAGCUCAAAAUAUUCUGUCACGCCUGACACCAAGAGAUGUUGCUUCAAUUGGGUCUGUCUGCAGAAGGAUCCGGCUGUUGACCAAGAAUGAACAUGUAAGGAAGAUGGUAUGUCAAAAUGCAUGGGGAGUAGAUGUCACGGGUGCGCUGGAGUUGAUGACUAAGAAGUUAGGAUGGGGACGUUUGGCUAGAGAACUUACGACUCUAGAAGCGAUUUCUUGGAAGAAAUUCACUGUAGGAGGUGGAGUAGAGCCCUCGCGUUGCAAUUUUAGUGCAUGUGCAGUAGGAAAUAGGUUGGUUUUGUUUGGAGGGGAGGGAGUAAAUAUGCAGCCAAUGGAUGAUACAUUUGUGCUUAACCUCGAUGCCAAAAAUCCAGAAUGGCGUAGGGUAAUUGUUAAGUGUUCUCCUCCAGGGCGUUGGGGUCAUACACUCUCAAGCCUGAAUGGUUCGUGGUUGGUAGUUUUUGGUGGUUGCGGAAGACAAGGAUUGCUGAAUGAUGUAUUUGUUCUGGACUUGGACGCUAAGCAGCCAACGUGGAGAGAAGUUGCUGGUGGAGCUCCUCCACUGCCUAGAUCUUGGCAUAGUUCUUGUACACUAGAGGGCUCUAAGUUGGUGGUCUCAGGUGGAUGCACAGAUGCAGGAGUACUUCUGAGCGACACAUUUCUGUUGGAUCUGAACAUGGAGAAGCCAAUGUGGAAGGAGAUCCCGACUGCCUGGACCCCAUCAUCUAGAUUAGGCCACUCGCUUUCCGUCUAUGGACGGACAAAGAUAUUGAUGUUCGGUGGCCUAGCGAAGACGGGGCACUUGCAGUUGCGGUCAGGGGAUGCAUACACCAUCGAUCUGGAGAAGGAGAAGCCAGAGUGGAGGCAGCUCGAAUGUGGCACAGAUGUUGGAGGACAGAACGCUGUGGUUCCACCUCCGAGACUCGAUCACGUUGCUGUUACGAUGCCCUGUGGACGGAUCAUAAUAUUCGGUGGGUCGAUAGCGGGCCUUCAUUCUCCGUCGCAGCUGUUUUUGUUGGAUCCGUCGGAAGAAAAGCCAUCGUGGAGGAUGCUGAACGUACCCGGGCAGCCGCCAAAAGUUGCUUGGGGGCACAGCACGUGCGUUGUUGGGGGAACCAGAGUUUUGGUCCUUGGAGGUCACAACGGUGAGGAAUGGGUUCUAAAUGAAUUGCAUGAAUUGUGCUUAGCUACAAGGCAGGAUUCUCCAUGACCAUUCAUCGUCUGUGUAGUGUGUGUAGUAUAUAUGUAUGUAUGUAUGUAUGUAAUUCAUAUAUUAGCAAAGGCCCAGAUUUGGUGGUUUUGACUAGUUGUCUAGUUACCCAACGUGAGAAAAGUCCUGUCAUACUCAUUUCUCUUCCAUUUUAUGUAAUGUCAUUGGCUUUUUCCU